AUGGGGAAAUUCAGUCUCAAAAAGGGCGACAAUGAUGACGACUCAUCCAGCAGACUCGCACUCUUCGGUUCUCGCAACAAGUCCAAAUCCCCUGCUCCUCCCUCACAGAAUCCAUAUGCUCAAACUGCAAUCCCUCCCGACCCAUAUACAAGGGCGAAGAUGAGCGCAGGAAUCAUUCCUCCAUCAGAGCAACGACCUUCUGUCCCUGAUCCUCGAGGCAGCCAACAGCCUGGCCCUGGACCACAGGGCAGAGCAUCAGGUCUGCCGGGUCCUGGACAACAGAGACCACCACCGGGCCGAGAUAACCCAUAUGGCGGCAGCCAAUCCAGCUACGGCCCUCCUCAAGGUGGGUACGGGGCUGACAAGUUCGGCAAUCAAAAUGGUUACGGUGCUGCUGGCAGCGGUGGAAACCCCUAUGGAUCGAUACAGCAGCCCAGUGGGACUUCAAGACAAGGUGGCUAUGGCGGACUUGGAUCGUCCAACCUAUACGACAAUGACUCGAGUCGUGAUGAGCUAUUUGGUGGUGCACGGGAACGUAUGGAUCAGAAGCCAAAUAACCAGGUCGACGCAGCCCCAGAUUACCAAUACAACCCCGCCAACGAUGCUGGGGAUCGCAGCUACGGGGCAUACGGUGACCGUCAACUAACGGCUGAAGAGGAAGAAGAAGAGGACAUCAAUGCAACAAAACAAGAGAUCAAAUUCAUGAAGCAGCAGGAUGUGGCUUCCACCAGAAAUGCCCUUCGAAUUGCUGCUCAAGCUGAAGAGAUGGGCCGCAAUACCCUUGCUAGGCUGGGCGCCCAGGGCGAAAGAAUGCAUAACACAGACCGGAAUCUAGACAUUGGCAACAACCACAUCAAUAUCGCCGAGGACAAGACGAAGGAAUUGAAGACGCUGAACCGAAGCAUGUUUGCGGUUCAUGUGAACAACCCUUUCACAGCCAAGGAUAGACGGGCUCGUAGAGAUGAGCAGAUCAUGGACCGACACCAUACUGAAAGAGAGGCUCGAGAAGCGUCCCGACAAGCCGCCUUCCAGAGUGGUCAACGAAUGAACCAGAAUUUCAAGGGCCUGGAUGAAGUUUCUAGCGGAAACAAGACCAAGAGCAGCCUUGCGGAGCGGACCAAAUACCAAUUUGAAGCUGACAGCGAGGAUGAUGCGAUGGAGGAUGAAAUCGAUCGCAAUCUUGACGACCUUUCUGGCGCAGCCAAACGCCUCAACCUGCUGGCUCGUGCAACCGGAGAAGAGGUCGAACAGCAAAACCAAUUGAUUCAGAACAUUGCGGAGAAGAGCGACCGUUUCGACGACCGUCUCCAUUUCCAGACGGAACGGUUGAAGAGGAUCAAGUAG